CAGGUUUGCCAGCUGAUGUCAGCUCUCACUGCUGAAGGGAGGGGUACAGGUGUUCGCAGAGGCUCUGGCUGCCUGGCGGGCCUGCUCUGGGGUCUUUUAACACCUUCUAUCAGCUCUCUUCUUUACCUUGCAUUCUCCCUCCCCAACAAAAGGCACCUAGUGGAGCUUACUAUUGGGCCAAGCCACCCUUCCCCGGGAGCCCAGCACAGAGGGUGGGGACAGUGUUCCAGGAGCAGGACCAGGCGGGCAGGAAGGCAGUGCUGGGAGGCUGACCGGCGUUUCCUCUCCCCAGGCGGCCUGGCCCCGCCCGGCUCUCCGGUUUGCGCUCACAUCCUGGAUUUGUUUGCCUGGCUCCAGGCUGUCCCUGCCUGCCCAGGCUUCCAAGGCCACAACUGGCCAGCCUGUGCUCCAUACCUGCCCAGCAAGGACAAGGAAGAUGGGGAGCCGAAGAACAAGCAGCUCCGAGAAGAAGAGGAGGAAGGCGAGAGGCACAGGGAGCUCAGACUGCGGAACUAUGUCCCAGAGGACGAGGACCUGAAGAGGAGGAGGGUGCCCCAGGCCAAACCUGUCGCGGUGGAAGAGAAGGUGAAGGAGCAGCUGGAGGCCGCCAGGCCGGAGCCCGUCAUUGAGGAAGUGGACCUGGCCAACCUCGCCCCCCGGAAGCCUGACUGGGACCUCAAGAGAGAUGUAGCCAAGAAGCUGGAGAAGCUAGAGAAGCGGACCCAGAGGGCCAUCGCUGAGCUGAUCCGUGAGAGGCUGAAAGGCCAGGAGGACAGCCUGGCCUCCACAGUGGAUGCCACCGCCGAGCAGGAAGCCUGUGAUUCCGACUGAGACGUGCUUUGACCCCCUCCUCCCCACAGCCUCUCCUGUAGGUGGAUGGUCUUGGAUAGAGGUGGGGCCUGGGCUUGCCAUCACCCCCAUUUGGCUUCAGGGCAGUGACUGCCUGCUCCUUCAGGUCUGAAAUCCCCAUGGGGUGAGGUUAGCACCUUGCUUUUUGGGCAAGCACCGAUGGGGUGGAGCCAGCAACAACUCUGUGAGUGGGCCUGUGUAUAUACUUUGUAUGUAUUUUGAACUUUUUCUACUUCUGGAAAUAGAGACAAAUAAACCCCUGUAUGUGAUUGAAA